UGAUUUUCUCUUUCUCUAAGCCUAUGUCUAUGCAAUUCCUACUUAUUUUACUAUAUAACAUAACCUUCAAGUGAUCAUAAUAAAAACAUGAAUUGACUGUUAAUAACUUUUUGAAAUCAUGCACACUUCCUCUAUCAAUGAUUUGCCAGAUGAAAUAUUGGAAUAUAUUCUUAGUUUUUUACCUCCGUAUGAAGAUCUAGAUCAAUGUAUGGUUGUUUGUAAAAGGUGGCAGAAAAAUGUGCAGAAUGUGAUUCGGCACACUCGAAACAAAUUCUAUCGAGCUAUAAACAACUUUGACGUCAGGUGGACUAGUCUUCCCUCAAGUAGUAAACAGGUCACCAUUACUAAGCGCUAUUCUCACUCUGCUUGCUAUCACGAUAAUGCUCUUUAUGUAUUUGGUGGCUGCACCUGUACUUUUACAACAUUCAAUGAUCUUUGGCGUUUGAACCUGUCUACCCGACAAUGGGAUCGGCUGCUAACCCUGGGAACAUACCCCUCACCAAAAGCUUAUGCAACUUUAGUGCAUUAUAAAGAGUCAAUGAUUUUAUUUGGAGGUUGGACUCAUCCAUUACCGUACCCCUUACAUCAGGCAUGGAAAACAUAUAAUGAGCUUCACAUUUAUGAAACUCUGGACAACAGAUGGAGAGCAAUUAGUUCGCUUGCUUCUCCUCCAGCAAUGGCUGGACACUCUGCAACAGUCCAUGACAAAACGAUGGUUGUUUUUGGUGGACUUCAUGAACGGAAUGGAAGCUCAAAUGAUGUCUGGUGCUUGGAUCUUGAGAGUUUUGCAUGGAUGAAGCAAUCUACAUCUGAUGAAAAGCCAGUUCGAAGAUAUGGUCAGUCCCAGAUCUACAUUGAUGAGAACAAUUUAAUGAUAAUAGGCGGCUGUCGGGAGAAACCUUUCAAAGUGUUGUCGGAUGUCUGGCUUCUUGAAAUGAGAGAUUCUGUUUGGCAAUGGCACGAGAUAAAUGUAAGGAAUGUGCAGUGGGCUGCAUCUCAUAUUUGGUGCAAUCCAGCCAGCAAAAUUGGAGAUAUUGUUGUUGUUCUCAGCCGUAACCCUAAGAUGGCCCCUGAAUUUUCCUACUCAAAAUGGGUUCCCAAUCCACCACAUCAGCGGUCGGCUGAUAGAUUACAGCUUGAUGUUGAGUAUGUUCCCAACUCUAUCCGUAGAGCUUCUGAGAGUGUUGUGACUUCCAAACCAAUUGACAGGGAUAUUAAUGUGAAUGGACGACGUGGCAGUUUAUCCCGCAACAGUGAUAGCCUAGGGGCUUCAACCACCAGCUCACAAGCAUCCUCAAGUAGAUCUUUGAAUGGCACCAUCAGCAGACCUGAUAGUUGCCAGCAAAAUUUAGGUGACUCGCCAGUUUUGAGGGAGAGAACUCGAAGAAUACCUGAUGUAAGCAAUCAGUCAUCAAAUGCAAUGGCAGCUUUUCGCGAUGCUACUCCAUGUCACGCUACUAGUCGCCACCGAGAAAAACAGCUAGAGGCCAUCAAAAGAAUGGAAGAGAGAAUAUUGAAAAUAAAAAAUGAUGCAUCUAAACCUGUCAAAAUCAGUGAAUCAGGACCCUCAAAAAUGGCCAUGUUUGUCCUAGAUAUUUCAAAAAUUGUAACACAUAAAUAUGUUACAUGGUUACCUAUCAAAACAGUUGCUAGCUGCAGUCCUGCAAAUACCAUACUGUACUCCUUAACAUUGGGGAACGGUGAGUUAAUAAUGUUUGGAGGCAUUCAAAAAGAUCCUGCUUCAAUAACACAAAUACAAAACAACACAGCACAAGCUCCAACCACUAAUUCAGUUUCCAACUCUUUGCAUUUUAUCUCUGCCAUAAGAGGUGUUAUUUAGAUUCUAACUGUGAUAUUUUUCUUAUCUUUAGCUUAAGUAAGUGUGGAAAAACUAUUCAUCUAAAGAUUGCGCUGUCUAGUUCUGCUUAUUAGAAGCAGAGUGAGAGGUGGACGUAUUUAUGCUAAAAGGAACCAAGUAUGUGCAUAAGGUUGUCAUGCAACAUACUUCCUUAAAGCAUGAACACGUCAAUGUGAACACAUUCAAAUGUGAGACGGUUGGUUCCGAUUUUUCCUUCUUUCUUUUUCUGUUAAAGUUUCUUGCGCUUUUAAAAUAUUCUUGCAAAGCUGCCAUCAGCUAUGUAUGCAUAGCCUCUAGAGUUUCCUCUCAUUUUUGCUUAUGGACGGCUGUAACUCAUCAUUUUUAAAUGGAAAUGACUCUCAAUGACAAAUACAAGGAUCAUCGGAAAUGCAAAGUCCGCAAUUUUGUACCUUCCAAACUGAAAGAGCUAAAUAAUAUCGGUGAAGACGUUUAUGAAGAUUACCCUCAGCUCUUCAAGUCCAAGAUUUUGCAAGUGGAUCAAUAAAGUCGAGAGGAAAUUCAAUUUUAAUGAGACCCAAGCCUAAUACACAUUGGGAGUGGCAUCACAUACGCUCUUGACAUCCCAGUGCAUUGAAUACAUUUUAAUAAAAUGGUAACGUACGUACCCACAGCAUGUCACUACUCAGUAAAAUGCCGCUCAAAUCGAGAUGCAACCACCAUUGGUUAUCCACCUGGACAGAGACCAACCAAGGUUGAUUGAAAGGAGGUUGGUACAUCCAGCCAUAUUGAAGACGCACUAGUGGGAACUCGAUUUGGCGCGCAAUUCAAACCGCUUGUUUUGAUAUGCUGCUUAUGGUGUUUCAGAGCACCCGUCUACUAUCUUUUUCUCGGAAACGGCCGAGAAUUGAGCUUCGGGACAUUUUCCAGGGGAAAAUCGACCCGAACAAAAGCAAUAAAACUAUUUUUAGUCUCCCGAAACUCGGGGAGGGGGGGGGUAAAGGGGGAACCCCCUGGUUUUCGCAUAUUUCUAAUAGGAAGGGUAUGUAUUGACUUCGGAUCCAAAGUUUAUGGCCAGAAACAAGAACUGUUUGUUUUAUGAUUUUUUUCCCCGAAACUACAUUUUGCGACAUCUUCUUCAAUCGGACACUGUAGGCAUCAAAAUUAUCCAAUUUCCAAAAUCUAUUAGUCUCCUAAGAGAAGAAAUCAAUACCUUUUUGUUGAUGUGGCACAUGACUCCCGUUGACCCAAAAUUAUGAUGUUCACGACCCCCUGAAAAUGUUGGGCCUUGGGAGGGCCGUAAGUUGAAAAUUUCAAAUAGCAAAGGUAUGUCUUACUUCAGAUUUGGAUUCCACGAGAAAAGUUGCGUAAAAUUAAGACGGCAUAUGGCCUAUUUGGCCCACCUUUUUUUGCCCCUUCUUUCCUGCAAAAAUACACGGCUCCAUAUGGGGAAAUGGGGUCCAAGGAUAAUUUGGGUAAUUUUCAUUGAAUUUUUUGGGGUCUAUGCACAACUGGAAAUGUUCGUCUCGAAGCUUAAUUCUCGGCCGUUCUCGAAAAAAAGAUUAGACGGGCUCUCUGGAGCACCCGCUUUAGAAACAAAGGCAGACAUUUCAGUAUCAAGCUCUCGUCAAUUCCUGAAAAGUUAUAAGUAUUAAAUCUGUAUCUUGACAAAAACCAUAUGACCACCAUAGAUUUCUAGACAUACUUAGUUUUCCUUUAGAUAUGCUGGAAAGUACAUUAUGCUUGACUAAAUAAGUAAAGCAUUUUAAAAUAUCGUGAUAAUACUAAAACGCAUUCCAAAAAAUGUUUCAAAUGUGUUCAAUUAAUAUGUAUUUUCAUAUACUGGUACAAUAAAUUAUGUGUGCAUAAAAAAUUGUUAAUAUUAGCAUCAGUUUGCUUGCGUGCAACUCGCUUCGGACACGUCCAUUCAAACUUCGCACCAAACUCGGUACAGGUGAGAACUCGAGUUCUCACCUGUGCGUCAUCAACUUGGCGCAGAAAUGGGCGAUUGUGCUGACCUCCCUUCAAUUAACCCUAGAGACCAACCAAUAUCUUAUACCUUGGUAGGAGGAUGGUAAAUUGGAAGAUGGUAUUGGACCAACUAUCUUUGCCAUGGGCCCUCCUUAUAUUGUGCUAGUAGGUGGCAGCAAAGUUCCUCCUCAGGACAACGAUCUAGACACUAAAGAUAGGGGGAUCCUAUGCUACGCCAACGGUGAAUAAUGUGACUUACUAGGAGCAACCAUGAGGUUAGGACGAGGAUAGUCGGUUUUUAUGACUUCUUAUGGGACUGUUGCUAAAUACUGACUUACAUCAAAUUCGCAACCAACUGUUUGAAAAUCUAUGUCCUGAUAUGAAACCCAGCUAUUCUUCAAGUGAGUUUACGAUUAAAAUUUCAAUGCUAAAUCGUUUAUCAUAUUAACUCCUGUGAGAUCCCGUGUUUUUGAGGUUAUGACGAGGAUAGCAAUCGGACAUUUCAUUUCCACUCCCCGCUCGCCUAUCGAACGACCGCUCCAUGAGUGUUAAGUUUUCUCGUAGGCCACCACCAAUCUACAGUUUCUAGAUCGUUGCCUCAGGAGCAAAUAGUGCUGAAAAUUUGUCGCUUCUCAGAUUCUCCACUUUGGUUUGGUGUUUCUCUCUUAAUUUUUGAUUAGCCAAUCAGGGAGAAAAUCAAAUUUUUGCAGCAAUUGGCUUUUGCAAUUCAGGUUCCUCUUUCAACAUAAUGUCAGAUUGCAUUCACGGCAAAAGUACCGUACAUUAAAAUCGUGCCCCUUCCUACCUUAUAUGCUGAGCGAACAGUUCAACAAUAGGGAUGAAUAUUCAGAGCAUAGAAUUUAAAAAUUUGGUACUUGCACGUAAUAUUAUGAACUUUUUAAAGGAGGCUCAUCAUAGUGAUGCGUUGUAUUGGAAAACUCGGUUGAUCGGCUUGGAGUCACUUUCCAGACCUAUACCAAGUGUAAGUCACGAAUUUUUGUUUGAACAAAGUCUUUAGGAACUAAUUAAUUAAUAAUGAAAACCUAAAUAAAUCCUAAUGAAUGAAUCUUUU